AUGCAGGACGGCACAGGCUGCGAGCCCAGCCGGGCCCUACGCCCCCCGCCCGUCGCCCAACCCAGACGCACUUCCCGCCGCCGCCAUCUUGCAGCGCGCGGAUUGGCGCGCGCGACCCGUCCGCCCCGCGCUGUUGCCGGGGAGACGCGGGGGGGGGGGGGGGGGGGCACCGGCACCGGGACCCCGCAGGAUGGGGACCGAGACCGCCCCGGAGCGGGAAGGGUGGGCUCGGACCUGCGCCGCCCGCUCGGCCUCUCCGCGACGGCUCAGGAGACAAAGAGCCUCGCGUCUUCCGUCCGCGGAGCUCGCUCGAGGGCCUAUGCAGCGACCCGGCGCACAUGGCAGGCCAGGGGGCGGCGGAGGUCCGCAUCGGACGCCGGCUUGGGGGCGGGAAGUGUCGGCCCGGGUGCCCUUCCGAUCCCCUUCUCAUCAGAGGUACAAAACAGCCUUGUGCUCGCGCUCCGGAACGGACCGAGCACCGCGUACCCCGAACAGCCACCAUCGGUUAUUGUGAUGCAGACGCAUCUAAAAACUGACCGGCCAAUUUCCGUAUGCACUAUUCUCUGCGCCAUGACUUUGGGAACAAGUAGUGUCUGGCAUUCACCGCUCUCGGGGGCCCAGCAUGCUACCGACGGGCGAGUCACCACGAGUCACCGGUGCGACACCCAGGUGCCCGGGAGGAGCUGCAGCGCCGGCCGCCCUCUGCAUUCGUCCCGGACUGCGCCGGUGACGGCGCGGAGCCCCUCUGAGCGCCCCGUCCCGCUACGCCGGGGCGCCCCAAGCGCAGCGGCCGCGGCCCCGACGUACCCCGAGUCGCCGCAGCCAGGGCUGUUCAGACGGGGCCUGCGGCGUCCCGGCGCUCCCGGGCCCCGCCACGGAGCUGCCCCGUUCUCCCUGCGGCACUCCGCGGAGAAAGCGAAGGCGGGCGAUGAAGACGGCAGAGGUCCGUCCCGCCCCGGCUCGGCCUCCUCCCUUUAG